AUGAGUUCAGAUCUUCCUUUACAUCUAGCUAUCAGACCAUUGACUUUAGAAGACGUUGAUAAAGUAUUAGAACUAGAAGCUAUUGGAUUUCCGCCAUCUGAAAGAUGCAGUUUGAAAAGUGCCAAUUAUAGAUUAUCAGCAUGCCCUGAAUUAUCAUCUGGGCUAUUUAUUAGAGAAUUCAAAUCUAAGUACAAUACAAAAGAUCAAAAAGAUGAUGAUCAUGAUGAUGAUGAUAAAAAUAAAUCAAGUAUUGAUGAUGAUUACUUACCUGAACCAAGAACUACAAUUGUUCAUGAAAGAUUAAUUGGUCAAAUUAUAGGUACAAAAAUCUAUGGUGAUUUUGUGACUAAUGGAUCAAUGGAAGUCCCUGAACUGAACGAGAAUGGUACUCCAGUAAAUGAAGAAGAAACUAGAAAGGGUCAUAUUGAAUCAUCAAAUACUAUUGGUAUACAUUCAGUUGUUGUUCAUCCAGAAUAUCAAAAGAAAAAUUUAGCCACUUUGUUAUUACAUGAUUAUAUUCAAAAAUUAUCCAAUCAACAAGUUGGUGAAAAAAUUGCUAUUAUUGCAAAAGAAAAUUUGUUACCAUUUUAUAAUAGAAUCGGCUUCAUUACAAAAGGUUUGAGUGAUUGUAAACAUGGUGGUGAAACUUGGUAUGAUUUACAUUGUGCUUUAGCUCCUGAAGAUGAAUUAGAUGCAUAA